AUGAAUGGUGCUCCUACCCUCCACUUUGGAAUAGAUGCUUCCAUGUCAAGUCAGUUAAAUAGACUCGAAGACUGCAAUUUUGCUGAGCAUAAACAAGUGCUUAUUCCGUUCAAAGGAAGUGGUAUGAUUGAUGUUAAAGAUCUCAAUGGGCUUCAUGGUGAGCAUCCAUUAGAUGAAGAUAACUAUAUCUGCAACUUCAUCAUCGAUUCAUACUUGCAAAUUCUGGUAGACACAACUCAUCCCACAGACGUUUCCUCAGAGUUUUUAGAAUGGGAGAAAUUYGAAAAAGGCGUCGGGAAAAAGCAAGCCAAAGAGUUACUCAAASGUAAAACAAAGAUUUUAGAUCAAGAUUUAGUGUUCAUCCCUUGUAACUGUCUGAACUCCAAACACUGGUUCCUUCUUGUGGUGCUCCCCAAAGAAAAGAAAGUUGUCAUACUUGACAGCAUACCACCCAGCCUUUUUGUGAAACCUUCACAUCAGCAAGCUGUUACAAAAGUGUGUUCUGUUUUUAAAGAGCUUGACCCAUCUAUUGAUCUAAAGGAAUGGGACUUUAGCUGCAAUGGCCCUGGGGAAAUCGUUGAACAAAAGAACUCAUUUGAUUGUGGUGUUCUCGUCUGCCUGUAUGCUCGUUCUUUGGUACAGAAGUGUCCACUUGCAAGUACAGCUACGGUUGGUAAUUUUCGCGAGCACAUGCUCUUAGAGCUGCAUGAAAGACGUCUCUGCGAUCCAUACAGUGAUGAAUUCGAGAUUGGAUGCUACUAUGCCAUAGAGUGCGAGAAGUCUUAUUAUAUAGGUCGAGUCAUCAAGUGCGACGAGGGUAGUAAUUACAUACAGCUGAAGUUCAUGUACACCGCCGGCGCAAAAGUGUUUGACUGGCCAACAAGGGAUGACAUUGAUAUGUGCCAUCGGUCUUGUGUUAUUUAUGGCAAGAUGAAAAAAAUCUAUGGUUCUCGCCCAUUCAAAUUCCCUCAGCUCGCAUGACGACUUCACACCGAUCUAAAUGUGUCUCCAUAAAUUAACGAUUUACCCCCCGCGAACCACACGAAGAAGCGGUCUGCGGGGGGUGUUUAUGUAAAUCACUAUCACGUUGCCAUGGAACUAACAAAUAAAACCUUGCAGUGAGAGUCUCUUCUCACACCAGUUUUAUUAAGUUUAUCAAUCAAUCGUUCUGCAAAUUACUGCUUUACAAAAUCAUUUACGAAGGAGAAGCCCUCCGAAUUAGAAUUCAGAGUCUAAUAAGCCAUUACACUAAAGUACGAUUGAAAAAAACAAAAAAACAAACAUAUUCGCGUCGUUUGCCAUCAGAAAAUUGAGUUUCCACAUCGCAUUAAACUAGUGUUUUCAUGGGAAGCAAAACUAGCGAGUUAUCUCAGUGAUUGUUUCGCUUCCCUUCUAUGAUCGAAACAAACUAAAAUAUUCGCGACGAAUUGCCAUCGAAAGUUUUUAAACUUAAAAGUUUCGACCGACAUCAUU